AAUAAUGCAUCUGAACCAGUCAGCCGGUAGCUCCAGCUUAUUCUGCCAUUUGCCCUCCAAAGCACACACACACACUCGCACACACACAUAUAUGCCGAGAACAGGAGAAACCAUCACAGAGAUAAUCUGACUGUUUUCAGUUUUAGGAUUCAAUUUCAGGGAUCUUUAUUUUGUCGUGUCACCUGGAGCCACCGCAGCAAUCAUGAAUCCUGAAUAUGACUACCUGUUCAAACUUCUUCUGAUUGGUGACUCUGGAGUCGGAAAGUCUUGUCUGCUGCUGCGUUUUGCGGAUGACACCUACACUGAGAGCUACAUCUCCACCAUCGGAGUGGACUUCAAGAUCAGGACCAUUGACAUGGACAGCAAGACAGUGAAACUCCAGAUUUGGGACACAGCGGGGCAGGAGAGGUUUCGAACCAUCACCUCCAGCUACUAUAGGGGAGCCCACGGCAUCAUCAUCGUUUACGACGUCACGGAGCAGGAGUCCUUUCACAAUGUGAAGCAGUGGCUGGACGAGAUAGAUCGCUACGCCUGUGAGAACGUCUCCAGGCUGCUGGUGGGGAACAAGUCUGACCUUGUCAGUAAGAAAGUGGUGGAUGUCGCCACUGCUCAGGACCUGGCCUCAUCUCUCAAGGUCCCCUUCCUGGAGACGAGCGCCAAGAGUUCAGACAACGUGGAGAGGGCUUUCCUCACCAUGGCCUCGGAGAUCCACAAGCGUGUGGCCAGCGAGGGAGGGGGGAUGCAGAGCGAGUCGAAAGAGACCAGGGCCCAGAGUGCCAAGAUCAACAGCGCCCCGCUGUGGCUGGGAGGGGACAAACAGACACCGGAGGCUAGCAACUGCUGUUGAGCACGGGACACGGCGGACGGGCUCAGGACGAUAUCAUUUUGUGCUUCGGACACGCACUUAUUGUCAGGAUAUUGACAUCUUUGCUACUAAACUAAAGAUGUGACAUUUCAGGACAAAUAAAAUGUUUGUUUUGAGCUUGAUGUUAUUAGUAUUUCAAAUAAAUAUAUGGCGACAUUUCUGCUGGAUUAAGAGACAGAGAUGAAUGUGACAGGAGUAAUUAAAACUCGGCCCAAUGAACAUCUAGGACAUCUAAGUGUCUUAUUGCAUCACUCCUUUGACUCUUGAUAAAAGAUGGAAACAGAAAAAAUCCUGUCCCAUGCAACAAUAAUUGAAUAACACAAAAUAAGAGGAUCUGUAUGAUAUCAGAAGUUUGAGCUGCGGCUGUUAUAGAUUCAUUUAAAGUGUCUUUCCCACCGUCUCCCUCAGAGGGGUCUGAUUGUAUUUUGUCAGUGUGGUGUUGUGCAUAUUUAAAUAAAGACAUCUCAGGAGUC